CUCACACCCAGCAGCCGUCGCCGGCCGCCACCACCGCCUCCAGCUGCCCGCCUGUGCAGCGACCACCGCCGCUCAACAUGAAGAAGGUCGACAACAUCGUGGCCAACAACGUCUGCGAGAACGUGUUCUUCACCAAGAGCCCCAACUACAAGGCCAAGAACGUCGCCGUACACGGCCUGAACAACCUGCAAUCGUCGGUGCGUUACCUGUCGUGCGAGCAGCGGUCGCGGCAGGCACGCGGCCACGGCGGCGGCCCGGCCGACAUUCGCCGCUGUCCCUGCGGCCGGGACGUGCUGGUGCGCCCGCGACACGCGCGCCCACCCCGUGACAAGGACCCCGUGUCCAACAUCACCCUAGCCGUGGGCAUAUCGCUGCUAAUCUGCGGUGUCGCCACCUCUCUACUCGGCGUCUACGGCUAUCUGCUGAAGGGCGGCGGCCAGUUCUACCUGGGCUCGGCGGCCAUCUCUGGCCUGAUCGUCUUCUGGACGGGCGUUUCCGGAGUGGUGGCGGCCCGUCGCUUCACCAGCUGCGCCGCCGUCAGAGGCUUCCUGGUGCUGUCCUCGCUCAGCCUGCUGGCCAGCGCCGGCCUGAUCAUCAUCGGCCACCUGGGUACGCGCCGUCACUCGGGCCUGCUCGUCGACAUCCUCGGCGGCGGCGAGGUCUGCCUCGGCGUCAUCAACGUCAUCCUGCUCGUCAUCGGCAUGGUGGCAUCCAGCUGCUGCCGGAUCGCACCGUCCGACCUGCGUCGCCAGCGGGCCCUCCUCAGCGGCACCGGCUACCCCUGACUCCGCGCCGGUGACGUGGGGUAGACGUGGCGGUAGACGUGGGAGCCGCUGGGGUUGAGUGACUG